GCGGUAGUGUGAGAGAAGGAGAGUGGACUCCAUAGACGCUAAGCAGGUGGCGGUCUGCUGUGCGGAGGGGAUGCACUCGAAAAGUCGAGUGAGGUCCCUUCCUCCCUCCCUCCUCCCUCCCUCUCGCUUUCGUGAUGGAGUAUUAUUCCUCUGCGGCUGAGGCUUCGACAACGUAUGGAACCAACCCUCAACACCCUCCUCCUCCCCCAUUCCUACCUCGGGAAGAUCGGAUUUUCUCUCUGAGCGGACUCUGGGAGGAUCGUGUUCUCAGCAGUAAUGGCAGCAGCACCAUCAACGGCAGUUUGAGGUGCGGCGAGAGAGGGGGAAGUUUCAUCGGGAGAGGGGGAAGUUUCACCGAAGCUGUCAUUCUAAGUCCCCGUGGCCACAAGGUUCUCACCGCGGAGAUAGACUCCGGGUACGGUUUGCGCGGGAAACGGGGUGUCCGUUUGGAUUGUCGGGAAUGGGGCCAACAUCACGUGCGCUACGCGAGCGAAGACAUCGAUUGCAGUACUAUGGGAUACGAUGGGAGAGAGGUGGAGAUGUGGGAUGUGGUAAGUAUAACUCCCCGAGAGAGAGGAGAGAGAGGACGUGUCGGGAGCGCGGGCGCGGGAGGAGGCGGCGGCGGCGGCGGAGUGGUGGAUCUUGGGGGAUUAAGGUGGGGGGAGAAAGGCGGGGUAGGAGGGCACGGCCUGCGAUCGCCUGUCGGCUGUGGUCUGAAUGCGACAAUAUGUCGAGGAGGAUUCCUCGACGACGACGGGGCUAUCGUCGUCUCGGCUUUGGAAAGUAGUGCGCCGUUGCCGGAUGGGAUAAUGGGACCUGGUGGGGAGGGAAACGGGGUCUCUCUCCUCGGGCCCAUCGGGGAGAGGGAGGAGGAAGGAUGCGACGAGUCCCAAGCAUCCAUGGCGAACGAGGAGUUAAUGGCGGAGGAGUUGGGAGAGGAGGACGAGAACGAUGAGGAGGACGAGAACGAUGAGGCGGAGGACGAGGAAGACGGCGAGGACAUUGUGGGAGAGAAUGGUGGUGACGAAGGCAAUGGCGGUGAUGAAGACGAUGAGGAGGACGAUGAGGACGACGACGACGUCUUUCUCCGCGGCAGCUAUGGCGAGGGAUGGAAGCGCCACAUUCUGGAAGAGGGAGUGACAUUCGUCGUCCUUGGCGAUGACGACCGGGCGGGAAAGUGGGAGACAGUGCACGACGGCUUGGUUGAUGCCGAAGGUGUGCUGAAUGGGAUAGAGAAGGAGGAGGAGGAGGAAGAUGGGGCGGAGGAGGUGGAGGAGGAAGAUGGGGUGGAGGAGGUGGAGGAGGAGGAGGGGUUGGAGGGGAUGGAGGAGGAGGAGGAGGAGGAGGAGGAGGAGGAGGAGAAGGAGCGGGGACUGACGGAGGAGAGGCAUCGCAUGUCGCAGAAAGUAGCUCGACAGGUGUUCAAAGGAGUUCCGGCAGUGCAGGGAGAGCGAGAUGGGAUGGGUGGCUCUGGCGGCGGAAAGAUGGAGAGGAGAGGUAGGGAUGACUGCACGCGGACGGCAUAUGAAACGAGUGAGGAGGAAAGGGGAGGACGUGGAACUUGCAGAGGAAGCGGUAAAGGGGGAGGAGGGGAUUUCGGCGUCCUCGGAGCGAUGUUGAGGAGAGCGAGUGGGGCAUUGAUGAUGACGAGAAGUAACAGCGAUUGGAUGCUAGGAAUCCGGCACUUGGGGAACAUGGCGCGCAGGAUAAGGACAAGGAGCCUGGCUCCUACGGACUUACCUAGGAGCGGUCCCUUGAUUCCAUCACCGCCGUCGUCGUCAUCGUCGUCUCAGUUUUCCUCUCCCUGCGUCUCGCAUGUGUCAGAUGGGCUUGUCAGAGAGGAGGAACCAUACCUAGUCGGGAUGCCCGUUCUGGGAGACGACUGUACGGUCGGGGACGAUCGCUUCUGCAACGCUUCGCUUGACGACUUCCGAGAUCUGCACAUCAUAGGCUAUGGGAGGAACACAGUCAUCUAUUCAGCAAAGUGUCGUUUUGAGGACAUCCCUGAGCGUGUCGCCUUGAAGGCCUAUGUGAAGGAACGUCUCUCUGGCAUUGACAUUCACCGAAUACGGCGGGAGGUGACUAUUGUCCGGUCAUUGCACCAUGAACACAUCAUCCAGCUACUUGGUGCCUUUGAAGAUGACAGAUUUGUCUACCUUGUGCAGGAGCUAGGUGCAGGUGAUCUGUUCAAUGAGCUUAGCAAAUGUCGUGGCAGAAUGACUGAAGAGCGGGUUGUUUUGCAAGUCCUCCUGCCAGUCUGCAGCGCUUUAAGGGAAUUACAUGCGCAUGGAAUUAUUCAUAGGGACGUCAAGCCGGAAAAUUUGCUGUUGGACUCUAAGGGAAGAGUGAUUCUGUGUGACUUUGGCCUGAGCAUUGAUAGCACCAAGGAGCGCCCAAUAACGAGGGUUGGGACACUGGAUUAUAUGGCACCGGAGGUUUUGCUGAUGCCCUCCGUGGACGAGCGACACCUGUAUCCAGAAGCCUACUACGAUGAGAAGGUGGAUGUGUGGAAGGCGAAGACGUUCUCGAGAGGAAGGCCGGUGAAGGGGGGGAUGUCCAUUGAUCGGAAGGAUGGGGGAAUGUUAGCCGUUAAGGGUGUUGUGGUGGCGAGGGUGUUGAAAUCAAGUUUGGGUGAGGAGGACGAUGGGGUGAAAUCGGUGGUGGGGUUGGUCGGGAGGAGUGCGGACGGAGGAAGAAUUGGGAGAACGGGGAGCAGGGCUUGUGGUGUGCAUGUGAUCUGGGUAUGGGUGGGGAGGGUGGAAGUGAUCUGGAAUGAUGUCAUGAGAGGUUUUGACUGGGGGGGAAUGGUCGACGACUGCGUGAUGGCAGGGGUUGUCGUCUUGGGCGGUGGAGUGACCGCCGUGGGGGUGGUGGUGGAUGAAGGCAAGGGUGUGGAUGACGUGCUAGCGGAGAAGGCGGUGGAUGUGGAGGCGGGAGAUGGGGGAAGUGCGGUGGAAACUGAGGUGGGGGGGGGAGGCGUGGUGGUGACGAUCUGGAUGGCGGGGGUUCAAUUUUCGAUGUCCGUCACGUACAUCGAAGAUGAAGCUGGAGCUAUGGCGCCACAGGACCACAUGCGUAUUGUGUUUGAUGAUGAGGCAGUAGAGAAAUUACCUCUCAACGAGUCUGAAGGAGGAGGAGGUAAUGGCGACAGUGAAUCUGGGAAGGGUGACAUCAAUGCCGUAAUGGCCAACAAGGGAGGCCAGAGUUACUGGAAAAAGAAGAGGAGGCCACGCUCGUUCCCUGAGCAUCUUGGCAUAGCGUUCGGGAAACCAUGGGAGAAAAUGAACAUGACACGUGAGGAGUGGCAGUCCGAGAUGGACAAUCGCCAGUGCCUCGAGUGUGGCACCGUGGGUCAUUUAUCCAACUUUUCGAUCAAUGGUAGCAAAGAACAAGUUGGAUUAGAAGGUGAUGAUGGUGCUUGUCAAACGAGUCGGGCCUGUGGUAUUCUCACCUACGAGCUGCUCAUUGGGCGCCCCCCAUUCGAGACCGACGAUGAGCAAACCACAUGUGACCGCAUCUUGCACAAUGAUGUGCAAUUUCCUGCGAAUGGGUACAUGUCAAAACUUUGCAUGGACUUCCUUAAGAAGGUUUUGGUAAAGGUGCCUGAGGACCGUCCAAGUGUUGUGGAAUUGCUGCAGCAUCCAUGGAUUCUGCAGCAGAUCGUCAGCGACGACGGUAGCGAUGUGAGUGUAGUACAAGAGGAGGAUGCAUUGCAACUGCCUCGUUGCGUAGCAUCGAGUAGUGUAGGUAGUGUACAGCUCCACUCUGGGGAUUGGCCUCCGGGUAAAGAAGAGCUGGUGGAGUGCGAGAUGCGAAGGCGGGGCAAGAGUGAUAGCUUCAUUUUCAGUGGACAUAAAGGCUAUGCGAAGGAGGAGAAAAGGGAUUCUGAGCUCUCACCUCUAGAGAAACCCCUCUGGCCAUCGGCCAGAACUAGUGCUGCCGAAAUAGUAAGGCAGAAUGUUUUCAACCAGGGAACACCUUGGGGCAAGGCCGUUGCAGCAAUGGCAGCUGGCGGGCUCAACUUUUUAAAUGAGCAUCUGCUUUCUGUGGAACGUGCAGAAUUGAUUGACAUUGUUGACGACGUUAGCUUGGAUUCGUCUGAAGAUUUGAUUUAUCUUAGUAGCAGCAGUGACCCAGGACUCUUUCUGCAGGAGGAAGGAAAAGUGUCAGUAGCCGUGGAUACAGGGAGGGAGGGUGAGGGCAUGGGUGAGAGUUGCUGCUGGGAGGAUGAGGAAAGUGUGUACUAUGAUGCGUCUGCCGACACCCUCCACUCCGAAGGUGUCGACACGGCACUGGACAGCUUAUCCCUCCUUUCAGAAGGUGCUUGUGACGAGUGCGUGACCGAUGAAAGGGAAGAAACCUAUCAGGGUCAGCUCAGCAGCAGCGGCCCGAAGGAUCCAUGGUCCUCAUUAGCGAGGAUAUGGAGGCCCUGCAGAUGAACUGAUGAUGAAGGCCAUCUGAUGAAGGCCAUCUGAAGUUGCACAUUAUUUUAAGAAUCGGUUGGAUGUAUGCCCAUUUUUGUGGGGCACUACGCCUUCGUUUCCCCCCCUUUCACCCGAGGCAGCAGCUGUUGUAGUGGAGCCGGGAAAGCACAGAAAUCGGAGCAGCAAACACCACUGGUACUGGGACUUAGUAUGCGGGUUUGGUGAGCAAUUAUGGCAGGGAAGGUCAUGUGCACAGGAUGCAUGGAAUCUGUUCAGAUGCACAGAAUCUGUCCAGAUGGGGAUUUGUUGGCAGGCAAAUGAGGAAGGACGCAAGGGAGAAAGAGAGGCUGGGAAUUGCUAGUAGGGUGAGAGGAGGUCGAGGUCUGUUCAAGUUUCUCCCGUUCGUUGUUGAUAUGAUUCUAGACUAUGUUUUUUCUGUUGGAUGGCGUUUAUGUGUAGCCUGGCAAUAUUCACAAGAAAGGGUCCGUUCUGUCUGUGCAAUUGAAAAUCAGCAGCGCAUUAUACAUCAUUAUGCUGGCAGUUAUUGCUGAGGCUACUUUUGUUACGUUACACACAUAGCAGAGAUGGGGGGGCAGGAACUGCAGGAGGGGCUGAGCACAGGUGUAAACGGCUGUCAUGUUGCAUCUGGUCUUUGAAUGCGCUGCAUACAGAGGCUGGAUGGGCUGUUCAGUGAUUUGUCAUGAUGGAAGUUUCAUGGAUUGGGGGGUAGAGUGAUCGGCAGCCAGGAUGGAAGGGACAUGAUCUUUGCUGCCGCCAUGGUAAGUGCGAGUGAGAAGCAUUCUCCUGUCUCUGAGCCUACACAGUGACAUAAUGUGACGGCAUUUCAAGGACCGGGUAGAGUGAUGGGCAGCCAAAGGGAACUGGACAAUUUUUUGCUGCUGCCACUGCCUUUGGCAGACCGGUUAGGGUGGCCGGAGAAAUAUUAUAUAUGGUAAGUGCGAGUGAGAAGCAUUCUCCUGUCUYUGAGCCUACACAGUGACAUAAUGUGAUGGCAUUUCAAGGACCGGGUAGAGUGAUGGGCAGCCAAAGGGAACUGGACAAAUUUUUGCUGCUGCCACUGUCUUUGGCAGACCGGUUAGGGUGGCCGGAGAAAUAUUAUUCUGUCGCUGAGCGGUGUGUUCAUGGUAAUGCAAGGUGCUGACCACGUUUGCAGGGAGGCUGGGGGAACGAGAGAGAGAAUGAAUAUGUUAGAAUGCGAUGAGCUGCGUCGGGCUAGCACUUGAAGCCCUCUGAGUAGUCUACCCAUGUCUGCAGAGACUUGUGGGGGAAAGCGGUGAGGAGGCCUUCUAGAGGUUGUGGUCCUCUAUGACACUUGCCCACUAGACAGAUACGAGUUUCCUAUAUGAGAAGGAAGGUUCCAGGGAUCUAACUAACUUCUUGGCGAGAUGGCACGUUGUUGAAUUGGAAAGCUUCUUUUUUUUUUUUUUUUUUUUUUUUUCGUAAUUUAGCAUUGAAGGCCUGAAAACUUUAUUUCAUCAGCUGUGUUCCUGGUCUUCCGUUUUAUCGAGGAAGUGAAGCAAGGGAAGCAGUGCAGGCAUUCAUUCUGCGGAAGAGCAUCCAGGAAGACAGAGAAGAAGAGGUAGGUUUGGGAGUAUCAAGCAAUUGCAGGCAGCUGCGGCGGAUGCGUUGUGCUGUGAUUGGAUCUCACUUUUCGUAGCAGCAGUGCUUCUGUGUGUGUGUGUGUGUGUGUGUGUGUGUGUGUGUGUGUGUGUGUGUGUGUAUGUGUGUGUGUGUGUGUGUGCUGUCCGAAAAUGUGGAAGAAUGCACACACAGGCACACACACACACACACAUAACUCGCGUCUGGUUAGCAAUGACUCAGUUGUGGUUAGUGAUUCAUUUCUCAGCAGAAAUAUUUGAGGGGUAUUUGUGCCGGGCGGUGUUGGCACUUUGCCAGGAGUUGAUAGGGGGAUUUACAACAAGCAUGCAGUGUCUGUCUGUGUAAGCACACAGCAUGCAGAAGGCUGUGUGGUGGGGCUGGGUUUGAACUGUCGAUUAUCUCACUGAUCAAAAAGUGCGGCCAACAGCCUUGAUUAGGAAAGGGGAAAAAAAAAAAGAAAGGAAAACGGCAGGAGCGGUGGUCUUAUUGUUUCUUUUUUCUGUUUCUCAUUGUUUGGCGUUAAUCUACAAGUGGUCAUGAUGCUAGCUCAUGAGAUUCUUCUUAGGAGUGUACUGAUUCUUCUUAGGAGCGUACUGACGCCCGGCUAUACUCUGGGUAGGACUGUACCGACUCCCAGCUGUACUCUGGGUAGGAGUGUACUGACUCCCAGCUAAACUCUGGUGCCGAGACUGGGAUAUGGAAUCUGUUAGUCCUAAAUCCUGAUAUGAAUAGAUGGUUACUAACUUUUCACCUGUUUGCUCGCUUACCAGGUUGGCUGUGUUUUCUUUUUUUCCUUUUUUGAUUUCCCUUUUUCCGUGUCGACAGGGCUCUUUUCACUUUUCUAUCCUGAUUUGAACUGGGCAUGUUUUCGUUGUUUCUAGUGCUUGCUUAGUCGCUUGCUGGACAUGUCGGCUUGCAGCGCAGCAGUCAAUCGUGCAUCUUGCUCUGUUGCUGUGGUCAGGUUUUCGUGCCACAAAGCCGCACAGUCCGCAUGCAGGCAUACUGACCCCUUACCAUUGGAUUGACUUGGGAUUAUUGAGUUAAGAGCGCUGGUGCAGCAAGCACCACAGCCAUCAACAGUUAAUCUCCUCGAAGAGACUGUUGCCCCGACUGUUCAAUGAAAUGCUUUUCAUGUGCCUGAGAUUCUUUCCUCUCUGUCUGCUUGUUUCCGCUACCUUUUUCCCUUUUCUCGUCUCACUCAACCGGUUGAUCUCAUUUUCGAUUUAGAGAGCUGAUGCGUCUGACCACCGCGUCCCUCGUUAGUUAGCCUUCUCUCUCUUGUCUUGCUGGUCGUCUUGCUGCCUCCGCCUGCUCGCUUCUUCGUUCAGGGCUUUGUCUUGCUGCAGCUUUUGCUUCCGGUUGCUGCCUUACUCCAGGCAGCACCUUGCAUUCCUCCUGUCCUGCAGCCACGGUUCUGCGCCCGUCCUCGCCCGGUAGACACCUACUUGCGCCUGUGCUUUGGGAACAUUUGUUCACUUCUUCUUCGCUGACUUGCGUCAUCUUGAUGCGUCUUUCUAGUUGUAAGCGUCUGGGAGAUUUGAUUUUCUUUCUUCGAUUUUCAUUGUUCGGUUCCGCCGUCGUGCUCCUCUUCUCUCGCUUUAGGGAGCCUCUCCUUCCUUUGCCUCUUAAUCAAUACAUCUUUUGUUUGCCCUUCGCCGAGUCAUUGUUAUGAUGAUUAUGCCGUCGUGCAAUCAGGCUGGCCAUUUCUGGACUGCCUGUUUUUUUGCUGGCAUUGAUGGUAUUUGCUGCCAUUUCUUCCCGUCAUUGGCACAAUUCCUGUGGCAUAGCUUUCCUUUUGCUUGUUUUUCAUGCCUUGGGCAGCCAUUGGCUGUGCUGUUUGAAGAUUUUUGAUUUUCUGACUAAUCUGUAGGCCGCCCACCUUCACAGGCCUGUGCGGCACUUCUGUUUGUCUGUUGUUUGCCCGGAUUCCUAUUCGCGCAGCUCAGAAAUGUGCGAGCUUCUGGAUGUUCAUGGUGUGGUUAUGGUUACCUUGCCGUCAUCCAAUGAUGUGAUAUUUGUUGUUUAUUCCAUACCUGUGACAGUGGCCAUUGAUUUCAUUGACGGGGGUUGUGUGGGCAGGGGUUUGCACGUUGCAAGUCUUUUGUUUUAAUAUCUUUUUUUUAGCAAUAAAGGAUGGUCGACAACUGGUAACAAUCUAACUAACUAAGUCCGUCCGGCAGGUCGAAGAGUAAGGACGGAGAUUUGUGGGUUGGCAAGUUCUUUCUCGGCAAUAAUAAACGGUUGUUGGCAAUCGGUUGUUUGGCUAAGUUUCAUGAAAGUGGAAGCUUUCGGCGUUGUUUAUGCGUGAGUGAGCACCACGGAAAUGGUGCGGUGAGGUAGUAGUAUAGGCUUGUGGGUUGCGGACUGGGUAACUCGUGAUCCCACAUUCGCGGGAUCAGUGUUUGGUAUGUGUUCUUUUUGGUGUCUCCCAGUCUCGCAGUGUUCAGGUUGACUAGAUGUGCAGUGGUGGGGCUGGGAGGAGGCAAGUUGAAGGUUAAGCGAUCUCGAGAACGACGAGAAGGAUGUAAUGACGGUGGACUCCAGUGACUUCAUGUACGAGUCAAAAGAAACUUCGGAAUUUCAAAAAGAGGCUUGCUUGUCUGAAACGGAUCGGCAUGAGCAGUAAAAGACUGAUUACUAUCAACGACAGCACCGUGGCCAGUCAUCCAGUUCUCGAAGUCAAGAGCAAGGACACAUAGGCUUUCAAAGAUGCUCGUCAUCACUGUGUUUGCUGAGCGUUGCCCCCUUUUUGGUGUCUCCAUGACCACAUCCUCGUCGAAUGCGCUUGAUGAGACCCGUUGGGAGCACACGGAUUGUGUGGUGCCGUGGUUAGCCUGCCUUGAAGACAGCCUCUCACGGUGGCGAUUUGUAAGUAAGAAUGUAAGCCGGAGGGGUAGGGCUGUGGUAUGGAGUGGCAUUGCGCGAAGGUGACGAGUGCAUUGAAUUUAACCGAGGCAGUCAAUCAGCCCCCCCCCCGUGGGUCGUGGAACUGAAAGGUGAUCAUCGGUUGCAGAGAGUCAAUCGGAAACGGUGUUUCAGUUUGACGAGGAACAGCAGUGAAGGGGACUCCAAGCUGAGGUUUAAAAUCAUAUACUCUCGCAGUUAGUGGCUUUCUUCCUUGGCAGAGGCAUCUCAUUUUCCUCAGCUGGGUGCCGAAACGCAGCUUCACUUUAGAAUAUGUCUCAACAGGAGCAGCUGGUUGCAGACCCAAAACUUCAGUGGAGCAUGUCUCAUCCACCCUCCAAUACUGCAAGGAUGGGGGUUGGAGGUCGGGGCUGGCGCAGAAUAGAGAGCCAAGCCAAAUGGCGAAGGAGGUGGUGGACCCAGGCAACGAUGGUUUUCAUGCGUCUAUCAAUCAGGGUCUUGGAUCUGGAGUUGGAGUUUGCCUGGGUUGGAACGAGGAACAGGGAAAUGUUACAAAUGUGUAUGUGACUGGCGACUUGUAAUGACAUCUCAGCGCCGGCAUGGAAGACGACCUGAUAACAAAGAAGAGCCUUCUUCCAGCGUAAUGGUGGCUCGGAGUUGUCAUUGUUUGCGUGCCGAGAGUGGAGUAGAGGCUACGGUGUCUUCACUAUUGAAAAAAUGAAUGAUCGGCAGAAUCUAGACCAACCAGGCAGAGACUUGAAGCUUCUUUAAUGCGCAUUGCAGCCUGGUGCUUGGAUGAAACUUUGCAGAAAAAGAGGCAGAGCGAAAAUGUGGUUUCCUGGGAGAUUUUGAAGCGUCAGGGGCCCGAUAGGAGUGGUACUGCCGCUAUUGUUAUGGUCAAUUUACCAUUUCUUAAUGGCCGGUCCCAUCCUGUCUUUUAGGAAAAGGGAUGCUGGUCGUUUAAUUGUGCAAGGAAGGACCUGGAAAAUGUCAACGA